UAAAUUGUAGCAUAGCGUAAAACAACAAAGACGAAGAAGAAACUGUGGACACGCAACUAUAUGAUGAACUCGAAGAAGAAGAGUAACGCAUAUUGAUUGUAGCACAAACAUGGCGGCACGUGCAGGUUGUGAACAUUAUGCGCGGAGCUGUUUAUUGAAAGCUCCUUGCUGUGGUAAACUGUAUGUGUGUAGGCUGUGUCAUGAUGCAGAGGAGAACCACCAGAUGGACCGAUUUAAAGUGGAAGAAGUGCAAUGUUCUGGGUGUCAAACAUUACAACGGGCACAACAGGCAUGUCAACAGUGCCAUGUGCAAUUUGGGGAGUAUUACUGUGACAUUUGCCAUUUGUUUGACAAGGAUAAGAAUCAGUACCACUGUCAUCCCUGUGGCAUCUGUAGGAUUGGGCCAAGAGAAAAGUAUUUCCAUUGUGACAAGUGCAAUUUGUGUUUAGCGCAGGACCUCCAGGGGAACCACAAAUGUGUUGAGAAUGUUUCCAGGCAGAACUGCCCUGUUUGUAUGGAGGAUAUCCACACGUCUCGAAUUGGAGCGCACGUUCUUCCCUGCGGUCACCUUCUCCAUAAGAGCUGUUUCGAUGACAUGGUCAGAACAAGGUACAGUAUGCCUUUUGCACGUGCCUAUCGCUGCCCUCUAUGUAUGCACUCUGUUUGGAACAUGAAGGAACACUGGAAACAAAUUGACAUCGAGAUUGCCCAGUCACCGAUGCCCACUGAAUACCAGGGUACCUCUGUCAAAAUUAUCUGUAACGACUGCCAAGCCCACUGUACGGUGCCUUUCCAUGUCCUAGGGUUGAAGUGCAGUGACUGCGGCUCCUAUAACACUGCACAAGACGGAGGUCUCAUUGAGCAGCCUCAACAGCAGCACCCAGAAGAGCCAGUUAGUGACAAUGAGCCAGAGACGAAUGCAGAGCAGCCACAUGAUGCAUCUGAGACAGCUAUUCCACAUUAGCACAUAUUUGGUUUCAUUUAUUAAUGAAUUUGUAGAAUUGUUGUACUACCGUAUUUUCCGAACUGCAAGUCGCUCCGGAGUACAAGUCGCACCAGCCAUAAAAUGCAUAAUAAAGAAGAAAGACAUAUAAGUCGCACUGGAGUAUAAGUCGCAUUUUUGGGGGAAAUCUAUUUGAUAAAAUUCAACACCAACAACAGACAUGUCCUCUUGAAAGGCAAUUUAAAAAAAAAUUGAAUAGAGGCAACGUUACAUGACACAAACAACGAACGUCCCUGACGUAACAAAUACACUCAGUUACAGUACAGAUUUGAAGCGCAUACACACACUUGAACAGGACGGGGCUAGAAUUCAAGUAUCUUUUAAUGUUUAUUUAUGACAUUAGUCAACUCAUGAAUUGAACAACUUUUGAAUUGCUGUUAAAAUUAUUAUUCAAUAUGUUAUGCAUCAUGUGUACAAUGUUAUUCUUGACGUUUUGGCAGCAGCUGAUUAGUUGUGCGUAUGCAUGGUCUGAGGAUGUUCUAAAUUUCUUUGCAUAGUAUGCACAAAUUCAAGUGUUCAUUAAAUUCAUUAAAUGUGUCCGCAUGUUUUCCACAAAAAAAUGAUGUGUACGCAUGUUGGUAAAUGAUGGGCUCUAAUUUACACCUUUUUUUUUUUUAUAUUGAUUGUAAACACUGCAAGUGGCUGAAGAUCAGUCCAGGGUGAACAAUGCAUCUCGCCCAGUCGUUUAGGCUCCAGUGAAACUGUGACCCUAAUGCAAAUGUUAUCAAAACUAGAUGGAAACUGAGAAAUUCCCAAUUAUUCCAUCCUCCAUGGGUUAGAAGGGAACUAAUCUGUUUCAUUACAUUGUACAGGAUGUUUUCCCUUUAAGCCAUUGUAAUAUGGUUAUCAAGUACUGAACUGUAUUUUCUGUUAAUCAUAGUUGCUUAAUUUGAUCACAGUCAUAAGAAAUGAUUAAAUUGAACAAUUCCUUUUA